AUGAGUCGAGGAGGCCGUGAAUGCCGUACGUUCAUUGCCCGAGACAAACAGGUCAAGGCCCAUGGAAUGCUUCAACAAGUCGUACUCUCUCCGACGGAGGAUGGAGAAACAACCUGCGCAGACAUCGAGCUGUUGGGCUUUCUGCUCAUCCAUGGCCACCAUAAGAACCAGAGAGAAGACGCCAUCAAAGCUUGGACGGAUAAAUUUGAAGCGUGUCGUCGUCGUCACCUGCGGAGGGGCAAAAGUGCCAGUCAGGGCAAUCUUCUACCAAGGCAGCAGCCUCGUUUGCUGUCCUUGGACGAUGAGACACCAACAGCAUCCAUCGAGGAGCCUCUUGCUUUCCAGUGGCAAGCCUCAGGCAUUUCUCGUCGCUCCCAAGGACCAUCAAGACUUCCCUUUAUGGAGGACUCGUUUCCUGCGGCCGACCGUCAUGAAUCCCCUCCGCCUUUGCAGGCCGACGAAGUGUCCAGUAACGAAGAAACGGAUGAUGAAUCCGAUGACAUUCCCUCGAGAUCGAUUCGUCCACAAUAUCGUCAGCUCCCAUGGGCCGAAGAGGCAAGCCAGAACGCUAGGGGUCAUGCACCGCAAUAUUCUGCUUGGAUGGCGUGCCGACAAUAUCGUCGAAUUUCGUGGUCCGAAGAGGCCACAAUCGAGCAUCAUAGUAUUUCCUCUGGUGAUAUUUCUUCGACAUCAAGUCGCCGACGACAUCGUCGACAUUUGUGGUCUGAAGAGAUCAACAACCAGUAUCAUAGUAAUGCGCCUGACGACAUUCCUUCCCGAGCAAAUCACCAGCGAUAUCGUCAACGUCCGUGGUCCGAGGGGACCAGCGACAACAUGAACGUAUCAGAAGAUGCCUCGAUGAGUUUGAAUCACUCACGCUAUCUUCAUCCCACACCUUCGAGAUCGAUUCAUGAACCAGACCCCACCAUAUUGGCACGUCUUGCAGAAGAAGAUCUCCCGAUUAAUACCGAGGGCAAUACGCAGAGGGGCUUUGUGAUCACGAUGCUGUCGGUUGCAAUUGGCUUUUUCACGCAAUGGGGAUUCACCCGGCUUCAGGUUCUCUGGGGCAAGGUCCUGGACACAGAGGACUCGACCUUCAUUUUCCAAUUCACAGUCGUGCUGACCUUGCCUCUACGGGUGUUGAGGCAGCACGCACCGUUAUUCCUCUGGCUGGCCUGGAUUUGGUUUCCCUCCGUGCCGAUCACGUUGCUUGGAUGGCGGUAUGGCUGUCUAGUCAGCGGGAUGAUCUGCUGUGCGGGACUACACCGUCUGGGCCGAUAUAUUUGGCAGUGA